GUUAGCCCAUAGCUUCAGUAGUACUAGCCGUUCCUCUUUCUCUCUCUUCAGGAUACGCCAAAAGGAAUCAUUCCCUUCAGCUUCCCCUGUCCUUUCCCUCUUCUUCUAGCACUCGACCACAAUUCUGAUUCUUUUUUCCCCCCCUUCUUUUUCAUUUUCUAUGUUAGUUUGUGUGUUGCCGGAACCUUUAUCAUGGCCAUGGUUCACCCUUCAGUUCACCCAAUUGAAGCCCCGCCGCUUACUGAUAAUGCUUUGCCUAGGGCAAGGAUGAAAGACGUUCAGGGCAUGCCGGGCACAUUGGGAGGCCUUGCCUUGCGUUUCCUUCAGUUCGUUUUCGCUGCCCUUGCGCUGGUUGUCAUGGCCACCACCAGCGAUUUCCCUUCCGUCACCGCUUUCCGCUACCUGGUUGCUGCUGUCAGUCUGCAAAGCUUGUGGAGCCUCACUCUAGCCAUCACUGAUAUAUAUGCCAUUUUAGUGCAGCGUAGCUUCCGGAAUUCCAGAAUUGUCAGCUUAUUCUCUAUUGGGGAUGGAAUUACUUCAACACUCACUUUUGCUGCCUCUUGUGCUUCUGCUGGUAUUACGGUCCUUAUUGGCAAUGAUCUGAAUGAUUGUGCACAGAAUCACUGCAGCAGGUUCGAGAUAGCAACUGCCAUGGCAUUUAUGAGUUGGUUUGCUGCUUCCCCGUCCUUUCUUUUGAAUUUCUGGACACUGGCUGCCAAGUAGUAGGCAGUUUUUCAUGUAUUUACGGUAUGAACUGUGUGUGAUGAUUGGCCAUAUGUAUAAUUCACAUUCCUGGUCCUCUUUAAUGCCUUUGAACUAUAGCCUUUAUUCGAUUCAAUAGUUGUGAGCUUGAAAACCUUAGACGUGGAAAUUCUUCCAAGUGCACCGCCUGUGCGCAUGGCUCCAUCGAUCUAGUCUGAGAAGAGAUGCCUGCGCCAUAAUAUUUGGCGAAGUUAAUUGGCGAAUGAUGUAAACAAGACAUUCCAAGAGUUUCUUCCAAAGGGUGCUCCAGGCUACAGCUUAUCAUCAUCUCGUCCUCAUUUGAGGCAACUAUAGGCAUUUGAAUUUUUUCCCAA